CUCUACAAUUCGGUAGAGAUGCCUUAUCGGAGGCCGUGAUCUUAGGCCACCACCAGCAUCUUUGCUGCGUCGUUUGUCUGGACCGGCCGACACAGCGCAAUCGACCGGAUCAGUUGCAGCCGCUCGUUCAGUCUCCAGGAUGCUGCAGUCCAUGUUCAAGUCUCCCGUGGUGCCGGGUCUUGUCACGGCGGCACUGCUCGUCACGCUCUACUGGACCAAGGCCAGCAAGUGCUCAGCAAAAGCGAAGGGUGAUAAUGUUAAGCACGCCGUCAUCCUGCCGGGCACACUCCCUGUGCUGGGCAACGCUGUCGAGCUAGCGGCCAAUGCGCCGCGCAUGCACGACUGGCUGGCCGACCAGUUCGCCGCCACAAACGGCGAGGCGUUCAUCGUGCGGCUUCCUGGCAAGGACGACAUGAUGUUCAUCGCUAAACCCGAGCACCUGGAAGCCGUGCUCAAGACGCAGUUCGAUAUCUUCCCGAAGAGCGAAUACAUCCACGACGUGUUCUGCGAUAUGCUGGGCGACGGCAUCGUGGUGACCAACGGCGAGACCUGGAAGCGGCAACGCAACGUCGUCGUCGGCCUUUUCAGCGCCCGUGCGUUGCGCGAGCACAUGACGCCGCUCGUGCAGAAGUACACCGUGCAGCUCGUCGAUAUCUUGGCGAACGCGGCGGCCACAGACACCCCACUGGACGUGUUCGAUCUGCUGCAUCGAUACACGUUCGACGUGUUCGGCGAGAUCGGCUUCGGCGCUAAGAUGGGCUCCAUGGACGGAGCCUUCCAGCCGUUCGCCGAGGCGAUGGAUGAGGCUCAAUUCCUGGCCGGCAAGCGCUUCAAACAGCCGAUGUGGUACUGGAAGCUGCGUCGCUGGCUCAAUGUGGGCGAUGAGAAGAAGCUCAAGGAGAACGUGCGCGUAAUCGACGAGCACUUGAUGGGCAUCAUCGCUGACGCCAUUGAGCGUCGUCGUCGCCGUGUUGAAGAGAAGAAGGCCGGUCGUCCUGCAGCGCUUGCCGAUAAGGACAUUGUGUCCAUUGUGCUUGACAACAUGGAGUCCCGCGGCAUGCCCGUGGACCCCGUCGAAGUGCGUAACAUCGCUGUCGCGUCGAUCAUCGCCGGCCGCGAUACUACGGCCGAUUGUAUGGGGUGGUUGUUCCACUUGCUCAGCCAGAACCCGAACGCGGAGGCGAAGCUACGAGCAGAGGUCCUCGCCAAGAUCCCCAAGCUCAGCACCGACAGGCACUACACUCCGACAGUGGAGGAUAUCAACAAGGUGCCGUACCUAGAGGCUUGCAUCCGCGAGCUGCUGCGUCUGUACCCACCUGGACCGUUGAUCACCACGCAUUGCAUCAAAGAUACGGUCUUCCCAGACGGCACGUUCGUGCCGGCGAACACGGACAUCGGUAUUGCGCUCUUCUCUUGCGGACGUCUCACCAGCGUCUGGGGCGAGGACGCGCUCGAGUUCAAGCCGGAGCGAUUCAUUGACAGCGAGACGGGCGAGAUCAUCCCGAUGACUGCGACCAAGUUCGCAGCGUUUAGCGCUGGUCCACGUAUCUGCGUUGGGCAGAACUUGGCGUUCGUUGAGACGAAAAUUGUGAUUGCCAGCAUUGUCGCCCGCUUCGAGAUGGUCCCCGAACCUGGUCAGAAUGUCGCCUACACGCAGGGUAUUUCGUUGGGCAUGAUGGAUCCUCUCAUGAUGCGCCUUAAGUCAGUUUGAUACCACGACACCUUGAAUUGUGGUAGAAUGAAAAACUAUACAAAGAUGGCUAGAAAAAAAUGUCAAUCAAGAAUUGUUUUCUCUUUUUAUUCGUACAGUAUUGAAAAAGAAAUAAAAGCAGUAUACAAGUAUUCGUUUUGAUUCCCUUCUCAC